AACAUGUUGAAGUGGAUACUAAGCUUUCUAUUGAAAACUAGUCAUUAGUCAGUUUUACAGGUGAAUCCUUAUACAUUUGUCAGUAUUCAUCUGGCCGAGUUUCUUUGUUUUAAGGCGUGAAGUGUUAAAAUUGCGAGCGCGUGGAGGGCGCUAAAAACAUUUGCAAGUAGAGGAAGAGAAUGCGUGAUUUACAACUUGUAACAGAACCUCUGGAAACGGAUCGCUAACAGACUUCAUUAACACAACAUUUUGUGUGUGAAGAAUAUUUUAUAGCUCUCGUAGUUUGUGUACGAUGGCUGGAACAACUUUUGUAGGGUUUCUCAGCCGCCUGAUUGCCACAGGGGAAUUCAAAUCUCUACACGAACAGUUAACAACGUUUUUCGACGCAAGUUAUCGUAACAGUUGCGAAGAAAACACUGUAUUUUGCUGUGAUCUCAUCGAGUUACACGCCAAGCUACAGGGACAGCUGUUUUAUCUUCUGGAAUUGUGUUCUUCUGAAGGAGGAAUUUAUGGCGGAAGCGAAGCACUAAAGAAACGACUUUUACCUUGGCUUUGCAAUGGAUUUGUGACUGCAAGAAUCAUCCCGGAAGAUGUAGAGGUCGUGAAGGAAAAGUACGAGCUCAUGAUUAAAAAAAUGGACGAGGACUUGAGUGCCUCCAAAGUAGAAGCCGCGGAACUGAGAAUCAAAUUAGCGGAUGCCGAAGAUGAGGUGAGAGGUUUACGUCAACAGCUGCAAGAAAAUCAACAAGGAGACUAUCAAGAAAUCGGUGAAUUGCGUAAAAAGUUGACUUACACAAAGAACGAACUUGUAGCCAGGGAGUGCCAGAUAAAAGAACUGAACAGAGAAAUUCUUGAACUAAAGAGAGAAAACUCUGAACUACACGGGAGACUCCAGAAAAAGAUCUUCGAGGCUGUGGCGGAGCCGGAACCUAUUCGCCUGGUGACGAAACCCUAUGUCAAUGGUAUUGUACCUUACCAUUCCCGUUCUGCCAAGCUCGUUGAAAGAUUUGCUGAACUUUAUAAGAACGACAGGAUACAAGUAAUAAAUUCCUUGAGGGGCAUGUCUGAUAACUCAACAGCUGAACGAUUUGUUUUUUCAAUCGUCGAGGAGUGCUUUACAGUCAGCAAACUAGAACAGCACAGGAUGAGAACCCGGAUGAACCAGGCUUUACAAACCGGCCCCAAGGGUGAUCCGAAGGAGUCGGACAAAAUCAACGAGCUAGUAGAUAAUUACAUGAAAAAGAAUACAGAACUGUACGACAUUGAGACGCUAAUUCCGGACGUGAUAAAAUCGUUAUAUCGCAACUCAACAAUCGCACCUUACGUCUCGUGCAAUGAGAAAAAUAUCGUUCCUUUCGUCCGUGAGGUUCUACGAGUGGCCUGGGCCAUGAUAUCCCUGGAUCCUCCCAUUGACCUUCCCGCAGCGUUGGAAGGUGACGUCAUUAAUGACAUACGCUACAGAAGAACGUAUGACUCUGAAUUCAGUGCCACAACUAUCGAUUACUUUGUGUGGCCGGCUUUAAUCAGGGAGAGGAAGGUUGUUGCCAAGGGAGAGGUAGUAACUAGGCGAAUAUCACCACAGAGGACAAAAAAGGCCAUAACGAGCACCCCUCGCCCAGGAAGCACAGAGCCUUAUUCUCGUCCAUCAAGUUAUGACCUCGGCUUUGGUUCCAUGUCAUCUUCUUGGAGCGAUCAUUCCAGCUACAAGCACAGGUUCAGCACAUAGUCAUGUUCUGAGGGAUGUAAAGGUACCAGUCUGUUUUACUGUGUAACUUGAAACAAAAAUGUGUUGUGACUUGAUCUAGGGUUCACCCUGUUAUAUUUAAAUGUGCUAAGUACAUUAUAAAGUGAAAUCAUUUGCUGUGGUCAAGCCCCUUUUUAAAUGGUUCUGUUGAUGAAAGCCAGGUCAAAAUAUUUUAAUGUUUUAGAACUUGAAAUUUUCUUAUUUUGAAUGUUUCUUCAUACUUUGAAGCUUGUAAGCUUCAUUCAUGAAACUGUUGCACUAACUACCUCAAGUAUCAUAAUAACAAACUAAAAUGCAAACCUUUUUUCUCUAAUAAUCAUGUUCUCUCAUUUUGUCCUUUUUAGGGAGCAUUUAAGAUAGUAAUACUCUCCAUAUUGACUGGCUAUUCAGCUGAUGGACUUAUGAAUGAAAACAUGCAAUGCAAUGUCAUACAUCUCUG